UCCCCCCCUACCCUCUCCCGUUUCCCACCUCUUCCGGUGUCAUUCAUUCAUUGUUCUACUUCUGCCACCCCUUCAAGUUACAUUCUUAUCCAACCAACUCCUGGAUACCACAGAAGUUUCUUCUUUCCCCUUCCCAAGGUCCUCUUUAUUCUGCAGGCAUUUGCUGCUGUGCUCGUCGCGGAAUCCUCGUCUACUCCUCUCUUCCAAAGACCCUUGAUGCUUGCUUCUCCCAGCAUCGCAACACUACGGCACCGAACGUCGUGGCAAAGGCAAACCCCCGAACGUCGUCGCUCCAAUCAACCUGUCGCCAUCCAUCCUUCGUCCCACGGUCUCGACUCUCGAGUCCCACCAACCCUUCGUGGUCAGCUUUUGGUGCCUUGA